GUCUUGUCUUCUACUUCACAGCAAGCGUUUUUGAUGCAGGGUUAAUUUCAGUCGUGUUUCCAAGGAACAAACAUCUCAUUUUUGACGAGUGAAAGUUUUACAUUUUAGCAAAAAUGUUGCUGAAAACUAGUCUUCUAGUAUUAGUAGCCAUUAGUUUAACCAAUGCCGAAGUAUUCUUCGAGGAGAAUUUUGCUGAUGAUACAUGGGAGUCAACAUGGGAGUACUCAGAACACCCAGGAAAAGAGUUCGGAAAAUUCAAGAGGUCUUCCGGUAAAUUUUUCAACGAUGAGGAAAAGACAAAAGGUAUCCAAACGUCGGAAGACUUCAGGUUCUACGCGUUGUCACGCAAAUUCCAGGCUUUCAGCAACAAGGACAAGCCACUAGUCAUCCAGUUCCGUGUGAAACAUGAGCAGAACAUUGACUGUGGAGGAGGUUAUGUCAAGGUCUUUGACAACUCGCUCACUGGCAAGGAAUUGCAUGGAGAUUCGCCCUAUCUCAUCAUGUUUGGACCUGACAUCUGUGGUCCAGGCACCAAGAAGGUGCACGUGAUCUUCAGCUACAAGGGAAAGAAUCACCUCAUCAACAAGGACAUCAGGUGCAAGGAUGACGUCUACUCUCAUCUCUACACACUCAUUGUCAGGCCUGACAAUACCUACGAGGUCCUGAUCGACAACGAGAAGGUGGAAUCUGGUAGCUUGGAAGCUGACUGGGACUUUUUGCCGCCAAAGAAGAUCAAGGACCCGUCGGCCAAGAAGCCCGAGGACUGGGAGGAUAACGCCACCAUUGAUGACCCUGAAGACACCAAGCCUGAGGACUGGGACAAGCCACAACUCAUCCCCGACAAGGAUGCUGUCAAGCCUGAAGAUUGGGACGAUGAGAUGGACGGAGAGUGGGAGGCCCCUCAGGUCAAUAACCCCGACUACAAGGGAGAAUGGAAACCAAAGCAGAUCGAUAACCCCAAAUACAAGGGUCCAUGGGUUCACCCUGAGAUUGACAACCCUGAGUACACAGCUGACGAUAACCUCUACCUGCGCGAGGAGAUUGCUGGAAUCGGUUUUGAUUUAUGGCAGGUGAAAGCGGGCACAAUCUUCGGCAACGUGCUCAUCACCGACGACCCCGAGCAUGCGCAGAAAGUGGGCGAGGACGUGUGGCGACCCAUGUUCGAGGGAGAGAAGAAGAUGAAGGAGGCCCUGGACGAGGUGGAGAGGAAGAAGAGGGAUGCGGAGGCCGCUGAGGCGGGCGCCAAGAAGGCAGACGACGAGGAUGAAGAUGAAGAUGAGGAAGAGGAGGAUAGUGCCGGCGAGGUACCCGAGACGGGAGAGGAGGAUCACGACCACGACGAACUCUAAACACGCUUAGAGUUAUGCGCUGUCCUACAAGUGCGAGAGAGACAGAAAAAGACAAAAAGUGUAUAAGCGCAACACAAAACAACAGCAGAAGUUUGCUAAAUCAAAACAAACAUCAGCGAAAAGUGAUUCAAUCAUUUCUGGGUGGUGACGCUCUAUUUGGACUCGACAUUUUCUAGAAAAUUUCUAAAACUCGAAAAUUAUUUAAGGUGUUUCAAAGGACAGUGUAGAAAUAACAACCUGGAUGAGUGUUGCAAUAGUGAUGAAAAUGAUGUUGCGCUAUUGUGUGUGUGUGUGUAUGUUUGAGUGUGUGUGUGUGUACUGAGACAAAGCUAAUAUUUUGUCGUUUUAUAAAUUAAAUUAUAUCGAGGAUGAAUGAAUGUAUUUGAGGGGUGUAUCACUGAUAAUGAUAAUAAUUUGUUUCCCCCGAAUUUGUUUGAAAUGAGAAUUAUUUUCUGUUGUUAAUAUUUGUUGAAAUUUUAAUGAGGCCCUCAAGUAUGUGCUAUAUAUCUAGUUGUGCGUGCAAGUGAGAGAGAAGGUAGAUAGUGGAAUGCAUAGGUGUGAGUGGGAUGACGAUAUGUUGUGAACAGUUUUCAUUGGUAGUAAGUUUAGACGGUUUUCUGAAAUAUCACGAGAAUAAUGUGUUGACUUGUGUUUUUCAUAGCUUCAUUUUUUCUGAAAAAAUUGAUUUUGCGCUAAAGUAGGGGUUUGCAUCAAAUGAAAUUGAAAAACGUUAUCAUAAUUUUCAUUUGUCAAUAAUUAUUAUUCAUACAGUACCAAUGAUUGUCAUUCUAAUUAAUUAAAUGAAAGUAGGGAGUUGCAUCAAUGAAUCGAAAAAAAUCAUCAAAUUUUGUUCAAAACACACUAAAACAUUGUAGUACCUUUUAGGUAUUGAAAAUUUCCUUACAAACUAUUGAAAUCUAUUAAAAAUAGGUGUUUUAGUUUGGAAAUGGGCUCUAAAAGUGUCCCAAAAAAGAAUUUCCAAUACUUUUAGAGGUUUAAUUUGAAAAUAAAUCAUGAAAGUUCUAGCCUACUGCAAAUUUUGAUUAUACUUUCGAAGGUGUUUGUGUAAAAUCAUUUAUGUAAAAUCAUUCUGCAAAACGUUUUUUAGUAUCAUAAAUGAUCUAGUUAUGAUAUUGUAUCACAGUUAUCGAAAAAUACCACCUUUUUGUAUAAAAUUUGCAAAUUUGUGAUCUCCAAGUCUAAGCCCUGAGCAUUUGUUUUCAUGGUUGUAUGCUACACUUGUAGAACGCUAUAGAAUUCUCAUAAAUUCCAUGCUUCAUUAGUUUAAAAAACUAUGUUUUCCACCCAUAAAAAGUAUUGUUUGUGUAAUAUUUGUUAGUUUUUGUGAGUUUUGCAAUAAUUACUGAAAAUUUGAGGCAGAUUAUUUUCUGUGUCCAUCUAGUUUCAGUGUCCAUACUACUUCAAUAAAAUGAAACUAAUAGUUGAGCGAAUUUUGUAAAUAAUUUUCAUUAAUAAAAUGAAAUUUCAUCGA